CACACUUAUGCCAAACGAAGAAUGAAAAAAAGUAGCGAAUGACAACACCUUGUGCGUCGAAGCGCUUUGAUCCCCCAUCUUGCGCAACUCGAUUUGAAUAUCUACUUCCGGAAGCGCAUCAUCAGAUUUGUGGCUGUCACUCCAAUUUUUGCGAUAUGAAGAUGAGACAACCCUGCCCGCAGACGCUCCGGCUCCAGCACUGACUUUCGUACUCGUCGUUGUAGCCGAGCGACGCAGCUAUCCUUAGCGGAAUCAGUCGAAUAAAUUUUCCGGCAUCUUCAUCACUGCCAGCUGAUCCAUCGAACGUGGUACGAAUUAGAGGUCGCAGCUAGCUGCCCUGCCACAUCUCAGUCCUUUCCACUUCAAACAAGACGGAAGAAGCGGGAACGGUAUUUUUUACAUACAUGAGCAGGUUCCUCCGUAGCUGCUUCUUUCUGUUUCCGCAUGUCAGCGCAAGAUGUGAAUUCUGUUUCUGUCUUUGCUGCUCUCUGAAAAAUGCGACUGCUUCUGCUUCACGUGUUUCGCAGCAUGAGAAAAAACGCAUAAGAGCAGACUUUGAAGUAGAAGUACGCCAUGGACGUGCCUUUAAAUCAGGCGCUUCGCCCCUAAAGGAGCUUCAGCACAGCACGAGGCACCGUUGGACAAGAGGCCGCGAGAGGCGGUUUCCGUACCAGGGAGGCCUACUCGAACAGGGCAAGGCAGCCUCGCACGGGUUUCUCAUGGUUCUGACAGAAACAAGCAGCACCGGCGCUUCUGCUAGAGGCAAGAACAAGUACCUCGAAGGUAUACCGUGUUACGCGCACCGGGCCGUUCCUGUUUUUAGAAGUGGAUGAGCAUGCUGUAUGAAAACUCUGUCGAUCGAGCGAUCUUGCAGCUGCAUCUGAUUCUUUAUCGUCUUUGUGCGCCCUACUUUAUCGGAAACGAAUAAAGAACAUAGUGCAGGUGCUCAUUGACCAGCCAUUCGUCCCAUCCUCGCGGGAAGCCCGAAACCUGAAGAUACUGUCGCCGCUCCUUCUUGGUAGGGCCGAAGAAACAGCUGAGAAGACAUCCGCCGCUGCUGCGGCGAAACAGAAAAGCGAAGCGGUCAACGGAAGCGGCGCGGAAAUGGAAAUCGACACUGCAGCACACGACAAAAGCCGAGCUUCUUCCCGUUCACGAAAACACUCCCAUCGCAGGGGACUGGCAACGAGUAGCAAACUAGCCGGAACGGGAACAGCUGUAGCAAGUGGGAAAUGCAUGAGCGCCAGCGCUCCGAAAAGCAUAGCCGAAGCAAACCCACACCACGUCCCCCAACUACCACAGGACAGCGAGCAGCCACCGACAAUGACCAUUUCUUGUUCAACUAGCGGAAAUGAAAAUGCGAUUGUUCCACCGAAUUUCGAAGCCGUAAACUUUUCCCUGCCAUCUGGUGGAGGUGUCACGAGCUCGAGCAAAAGGAUAGCUGCUGCUAUGCAAGAAGCCGAUCGCUUCCCCGUGCACUCCAGCAUAUCUAAUGUCGAAAGAAGCGCUCUGCCUGCCUCUUGCUCAUCAGCUUCAUUCUCGUCCAAGGCAAACCCUUGCGAUGCUGAUUGCACAAACAGCAAGUUCGUGGAUAGCGGAACCAGCGCGGGCGGAAAAACCUUUUUGAACUCGGAUGUCGGGAACAAAGACGGAAGUUGUUCUUUACUCGCCCAGAAAAAGAUUAGCAUCGUCGCUGCCAGUGUCGGAAACACAAAUGACAAUAUACCAGUACACGCUGGUGGCGGUCACGAGCCUGAUCGCAGAGAGUCCGGACAAGAUCUGCUGCUUCCUUUUUCUGCGGGCGAUGAAGGCAAAUCUCGAAUCAUAUACCAGGAGAGCUGUACAGGGAAGCCGGACGCGGCUAGUGGACACUCUGCUCCGAUCACCGAAGAUGCCGGGCACAAAAAAGCAAAACGCAAAGAAAAAGACAAGAACAGUGCACCAGCACAGCGAGGACUGAACCGGCAAGACAAGAGGAGGCACAACGUUGCAAACUUCUCCCGGGUCAAGGAGUUGCAGCUAGUCACCGAAGCCGAUGAGAUUCUUUCGGACGAAAUCAACCAAGCCAGGUGGCUUAUCGAACGCAUUCAUGUCGCAGUAGAUUCCGCAAUUUGCGAUGUGACAGAAACGUGGUUUCUGCAAGGCAGAGCACCUGGAGACGUCGAAGUAGGAACCGACCCUAACCUGAAGAUGAAGGAAGAAGCGGAUCUUUUGAGUUUCCGCAGGAACGUGGACUUGGCGGAGUGCGCGAUGAAAAAGCUGAAAAACUUUAAGCCCCUCUGCGACUUGAAAUACGACAUUCCCGAAGACGCACCUGCGCCACCCGCUUGCUCGCAAAACGAAGACUUCGACGCAGUUGGCCUUGUGCCAGAUUCGGGUGCUCAAAUAAUUGACCAGAACAAGGCGAUUAAUUCGCCAGCUGUAGCCGUGGUGAAAGGCUCGGACUCGCGAUCUUCUAAGAACCAGGAUUUGGAACAGUCCGCAGCCGCGCUAGGGGACGGCAGUAGCAGGAGCAAGCAGAAGGGCACGGAGGAUGGCUACGAUCGACCACCAAAAAAGGUGCAGAAGUCGAGUGCCCUACCGAAAGCCCGGAGCGGAAGCAGCAGCAGCUCCUCUGCUCCUGUGUUCGCACUUGCGCCGCCGCCGCGGACGCAAUCGGCGAAGACAAGAAAGAAUGAGAAUCUGCGAAGGGAGAACGAGGUCGACGACCGCAAACAGCCCUUCGAACUGAACGCAACCGGAGGCGUCAAAAGGCCACUCGCUCCACUAUCCGGCGGGCCGUCCCCCGACGACGAGACCGGCGGAAACCCGUGUUCGCCAUGGGCGGCAGUAGAGGAGCGCGCCAAUGUCUUUUCCGAGGAGCAUCUUCUUGAGGCUGCACCACCACCGGCUUCUCCAAGAAUCGUUCCCCUGCCCAAAGAACCCGUGCGGCGACCGACACGCGACUGCAACACGGCACCCCAGUAUAACCCGAUCGGCGCACCUACUGUCGGCUUCGCGGCGUUUGCACAGUGCAGCUCGGCACCCGCAGUGCAUACACGAGAAUUCUGGCUACUGUACAUCCACGCGGUUCGUCGCGCCGAAGGCAUUAUCGAGGUUGGUAAUCUCAUCAGCACCAACCUUGCUGGAAACCGUGCACGAAUUUUCAUUCCGGACGAGCUCCCACUAAUCCUCGCGUUUAACAAGCCCAAGUUUGCGACGAUUGGUUAUUGUUCCUUUUGCAGGUCGUACAUAGGGUGGAAGGAAACCAAGGGGGUCGAAAGACAAGCAAAGUCGAUCUUUCACCGGCAGCGGGGCCACGGCGUCUGCUCAUCACGGAUGUGUCUCGGUGUCGCGUGCAUGUCUUCUCCGCUCUACCGCAUCUCCAACGACCUGCGCAGUCACGAUAGCGGUAAGAGAGAAUACAAACGCAUCAUGGCGGUUAAGCAGAACGUAUUCGUCGUGGUCAGAACAGGUAAGAACAAGACGAACCACCAACAUCCGAAGCGAAAGAAGAAGAAAACAGGAGGUCAGUUUUCAUCGGAUUCUGAUUCCGUGGCAGAAUCGGACACAAGCGAUUCGGCGUCCGAGUUUGAUCAAGAAGAAUUUGAGUCACAAGUUGCAAUCGAAGUAGUGACCCGGAGCGCGGGAGGAAGGAACAGGAGCGACUUCCAUGACGUGAGCGUGGACGAUGAGAUGAUCAACAUCGACAGGCUUUCAGUACCGGACCUGCCCGGAAGCAUCAUUGGUAAUAUCGUCUUCUAAAUUCAUUUUUACGGAUAUUUCUUGUUCCACCUGCAUCCGUACCAUGCCACUAAAGGUUCAUGUGAUACAUGGUUGACAAAGAACGCCAUCGGUCGCGUUUCCAGUGAUCGUGUUGAAGCAAUUGGAUCGAAAUCCAAUAACAGAGUGGCAUCAAAGAAACCCAAAUGGGAUCCCGCAAAGACAUCCCGAUGAAGACGGGUCGUUCUCCGAAGAAGCGAUGGCGGAAGGCGAAAAACCAGAGCCCGACUUUUUCUAACCUGUGGAUCUAAGUAUUUCCAUUCACGUCGUUUUCGUGUAUAAGUUUCUGGCUCCUAUUCCUUUCUUUUUUGGUCGAUGUUGUUCUCCACUUUUCGAUCGUCUGAUGCUUUACGCGGGCAGCCUGCUGCAGACGUAAUAAAUUACACAAGGAUCGUCCCAUCUGCUCCGGUCACUGAAUAGCACAACACCAAUUGCUGCUGUGAUAAAACAACUACAAAAGAGAUGAGCUUCAUUGCGGGGCUUCUCGCUUUGCGUAAAGCAAAUGAACAAGAACGGCACUUUGCACGACUUUGCAGAUCGAUUAGUCACCGCAAGCCCGAACGUUCUCCAAAAGACAGAAUAGAAUACUCAAAGACCCCAAAUCGCAGCACUGUCACAAAAUGGCUUCGGUCGAACACCUGAACAAGACAAAGACUAAGACAUGAAAACUUUAGUUGCAAAUGAACUUGUACAAAAGUCAAUGACGACAAUAACUGCGUUGCCCGUUGCACUUUCUUAACUCAAAGCCGAGAGAAAGGCUGUAGGAUGUUUUAUUGGCGUUGUUGAUUCAUGAUUCGGGGAGAGAUCACCAUGAGGUGGAAGAUGUUGUGUGGGGAGGUGUAAUUUCUUCUUCCGAAGAAGGUGGCACUGUCAGCAUGAUGACUCUAGGCCGGUCAAGUCCAAGUGCAGCGAGCUAGGGAAGGAUUUGAUUUGAAACUGAGUUACUUCAUGAUGAUGGAAACUUUUGAGAUCACGAAGAAUCUAUCUGCUAGCCGCCGUUUCGACAUUCAAAAUUAAAGACAGUGCGCUGCGGAAAUCAAGUUUAGAUCGAACCCAUAAU